AAGCAAAAGCCAAACUUCCGUCCUUCUGGACUAUUGGCCGCAGCGUCAAACACAAUCGCUACGUCAGCCGGUGCGAUUGUGCUAAAAUACCACGAACCACCCGAAGCCCGAAAGCCGCCCUCUUCACAGUCAUGGAGGUUGUACAUUUUUAAAGAAGAUGAGAUCCUGGACACGAUAGACUUGUACACUCAGUCCUGCUGGCUCUUCGGUCGGGAAGUGUCUGUCUGUGAUUAUGCUCUAGAGCAUCCAAGUUGUUCAAAACAACAUGCUGUAAUUCAGUUUCGGUAUGCUGAAAAGAGAAACGAAUUUGGGGACAAAAUCGGCAAGGUGAAGCCAUAUGUGAUCGAUCUCGAGAGUGGGAAUGGCACGACACUCAACGACGAGCCGGUACCAGAGGGUAGGUAUAUGGAGCUUAGGGAUAAGGAUGUGAUCAAAUUCGGACACUCUACAAGGGAAUAUGUGGUCCAA